CUUCUGCGCCUGCGCGACCGUGGUUCCUCGCUCUUCGUCUCCCCACCCCCCACGAGGUCGGCCCGUGAAGCCCCGCGAGCUCUGUGAAAGGGCGGGAAAGGCGGUUGGAGAGGGAGGGGCGAGCGGUUACUCACUCCAUGGCUGCGGAAAGAAGAGGCGACGGCGGCGGCGGCGGCGGCCUCGGCUGAACGAUCGGUGGGAGCAGAGAGUGCUGGCGCGAAACCUCCCCAAGGUUGCAGACGCUGACGGAUUUGCCCCAGAGUCGGAGUAGCUGCCACCUGGAGAUUCCACAGCCAUGAGUGGGUUUAACUUUGGAGGCACCGGGGCCCCUGCUGGCGGCUUUACAUUUGGCACUGCGAAGACUGCAACCACCACAGCUGCCACUGGUUUUUCCUUCUCUACUUCCGGCACUGGAGGGUUUAAUUUUGGGACUCCCAGCCAGCCAACCGCAACCACCCCUUCCACUGGCCUCUUCUCACUCACCACACAGACCCCAACCACACAGACCCCAGGAUUCAACUUUGGAACAACGCCUGCUUCUGGAGGAACUGGCUUCUCCCUGGGGAUCAGCACCCCAAAACCCAACCUGAGUAACACAGCUGCCACAUCCGCUACAGCCAACACUGGCAGCUUUGGGCUUGGCAGUAGCACCCUCACCAAUGCCAUCUCAAGUGCUGGCACCUCCAGCCAGGGGACAGCCCCCACUGGCUUUGUCUUUGGGUCCUCUACCACCUCUGCUCCAUCUACUGGCUCCACGGGGUUCUCAUUCACCAGUGGCAAUGCAUCCCAGCCUGGAGCGUCUGGCUUCAGCAUUGGCUCUGUGGGUAGCUCAGCCCAACCCACAGCACUGUCUGGCUCUCCCUUCACUCCAGCCACGCUGGUGACCACCACCGCAGGAGCGGCACAGCCAGCUGCUGCUGCACCCACUGCUGCCACCACCAGCACAGGGUCCACACUGUUUGCCUCCAUAGCGCCUGCUCCUGCCUCAUCCAGUGCUACAGUGCUGUCCCUCUCAGCUCCGGUGACAACUGCAGCCACUCCUGGUGCUGGAGCUCUGGGCUUCAGCCUCAAGGCCCCUGGAGCAGCUCCCGGCACCUCCACCACCAGCACCACCACUGCCACCACCACCUCCUCUGCUGCCACUGCUGGCUUUGCCUUGAGCCUGAAACCCUUGGUGCCAACUGGCCCCGGUAGUGUGGCCACUACUGGGACUUCUCUGCCUGGCUCCAGCACAGCAGCUGGGACUACCACAAGUCCUGCGAUGACCUACGCACAGCUGGAAAGCCUGAUCAACAAGUGGAGCCUGGAGCUGGAGGAUCAGGAGCGGCACUUCCUGCAGCAGGCCACACAGGUCAAUGCCUGGGACCGCACACUGAUUGAGAAUGGGGAGAAGAUCACCAGUCUGCACCGCGAGGUGGAGAAGGUGAAGCUGGAUCAGAAGCGACUGGAUCAGGAGCUGGACUUCAUCCUAUCACAGCAGAAGGAGCUGGAGGACCUGCUGAGCCCAUUGGAGGAGUCAGUGAAGGAGCAGAGUGGUACCAUCUACCUUCAGCAUGCCGACGAGGAGCGUGAGAAGACCUUCAAGCUGGCUGAGAACAUCGAUGCCCAGCUCAAGCGCAUGGCACAGGACCUCAAGGACAUCAUCGAGCACCUGAACAUGGCUGGUGGCCCUGCAGACACCAGCGACCCACUGCAGCAAAUCUGCAAGAUCCUCAACGCACACAUGGACUCCCUUCAGUGGGUGGACCAGAGCUCUGCCCUGCUGCAGAGGAGGGUGGAAGAGGCCAGCCGUGUAUGUGAGGGCCGCCGCAAGGAGCAGGAGCGCAGCCUGCGCAUUGCCUUCGACUAGCCCUGCAUGAAUGGGAGGGCCUUCUUGGGUUACAGGGAUGCUGGCUUUCUGUUGGGUGGGUGUGCUGUUGAGAGAAAAGUUCUUUGGUUUGACUUCCAGUUAGCAGAAGUUGUACCAGGCAUGGCGCUCAUUGAUGUAACCUAUGUGCUCUGGAGCCAGGCAUGAAUGUCACUGAGCUCUGGGCUAGCAUUUAAAGAACAAGGGCAAGUGUUGAAUUCAGUGCUGCCUCACGGCAGCUUCAGUUCUGAUUCGUCCAGCUCAUCCUGACUCAGCCACUCCAGAAUGGCUGUGCCAGUGGGGACAGAGCACUCCAAAGGAGAUGCUGGCCAAGACAUUUACCUGGGAUGGAGACAUGGUGGGUUUGAAAGACCAAGGUUUCUGCACCUCUCCAGCUCCCAUCUAGCCCGUGUCCUCGAGCUUCUGCCACACAAAGUAGAUUCACCAAGGCACACUGAGCUAACAGUUGUUUUGCGCUGGCUACCUCUUUCACCCCUAGAUUGUGGGCUCCUAUGGCAAGGACUGAUGCCCUUGGGGCCAGAGUGAGAGCAGAUUUGCUUCUGGAUAUCCCAGUGUCAAAUCUAUCUUAGUCACGGUCUUGAAGGCUAGUCGUCAUGUCCUGGUCUGUUUUAUUUCCCUGUACUCUGCUGUAGCCUUUGUGGUCCCUGAUCAAAUAUUGUUCUUCUAAAUAAAGAAAACUUUGUGAAAUCA